AUGGUCAACUCGGUCGGAAACGGAAAGAACAUCUGGGUCGCGGCUAGCGACGGCGACCUCGAGCGUGUCAAGGAGCUCAUCGCCGCCGGCGAGUCGCCGAACGCCUUCGACGCCAACUCGUACUCGCCCAUGCACGCCGCUGCGUCGUACGCCCACCUCCCUCUGCUGGAGUACCUCGUCUCGGUUGGCGGCGACGUGAAUCUGGCGGACGAGGACGGCGACACGCCGCUGUACGUUGUCGAGUCUCUGCCCGCCGCCCAGUGGCUGGUCGAGCACGGCGCCAACGCCUCGCACAAGAACAACGAGGGCAAGACGGCCGCCGAGACGCUGCACGAGGACUCGCCCGAAGUUGCUGAGUACCUCCGCUCCAUCACGGGCGAGGCUGCCCCGGCACCGGCUGAGGGGGAGGGAAUGGAGGGUGUCGAGGAGGGAGGCGAGGCGCCCGAGGGUGUCAGCAACCAGGCCGUCGACGCCUAUGCGUCGCAGCAGACGAAUGACCUCCUCGCCCGCACGAAGGAGAUCAUGGAGCAGGCCGAGCGGGAUGGCACGAACCCCGACGACAGGAUUCGCGAGGUCGUCGAGCAGGCCGUCCGGGAUGGAUUCCAGUUCGGCGCCGCCAACAAUGAGUCCUCCGGAAGCGGCGCGCAGGCCGAGGACGCGGCUGCCGCCGACAGUGGCAAGCGCGCUCGUGCCGAGUAG